AUGGUGCUUGCUUCAGCACCUGUUGUUCUGAUCUUUGGCGCUGGUGCCAACAUUGGCCAGGCCCUCAUAAAGCGGUUUGCUGAGGCAGGUUAUCGAGUAGCUGCGGUCUCUCGCAGCGGAGCGGAACCCCCGGCAAUUACCGACGGCAUUCUGUCCAUCCGGGCAGAUCUUGAGGAGACGUCGGCUCCCACCAGGGUCCUGGGAGUCGUAAAGGACAUUUACAAGGCCACACCCAAGGUCUUCAUCUACAAUGCUGCCCACCAGACCUCGGCGCCGGACCCGAACAACGUUUUCAGUAUUGGCACACAAACACUGAACAAUGACUUGUCAAUCAUGGUCUCGGCCCCUUGGACAGUGGCAACUGCAGCAUUCGAGGCAUGGAGUGCUGAGGAUAAAACUGACGAUGAACAGCGCACAUUCAUAUACACAGGUAACUGCAUGCCUCAGACGAUUAUUCCCAUAGUCCACCUGGCGACUGUAGGAGUCGGCAAGUCCGGAGCAGCCUAUUGGGUUCAAUUGGCCGACGCACUGUAUGGCAAGAAAGGCUUCCGAUUCUUCUUUGCGGAUGAACGGACCGCUGAGGGUAUAACAAUCGGGCCGGUGCCCGGCGCCGAGUCUCAUGCUCAGUUCUAUCUCACUCUGGCCGAGGGCAAGAGUGAUAUCCCAUCUUAUGCAACAUUUGUAGACGGAAAAUACCGCAAGUUUUAA